UGGAUUAUCAGCUUUGGACAAGCGGACAGUACACGGAUAGAACAUUUUGGCUCUCGAGGUUUGCCUUGAAGAAUGGGUCGCUCAAGUUUCUGUCUCUUCUUCUCCAUUACUCAUCCUUUUCGUCUAUGAACAUUUCUUCUUCUUCUUCUUAAUAAACUUCCAGAAUUUCCAUUUCUUCAGCUCCCUUUUGUUGAUCAGUAAUCAAGAGUUCUUCAUACUUCCAUUCAUUCAUUUCCGGACAUGGGUUUCUUCGAUUCCAUCCUCAAUUGGCUCAGGAGCCUGUUCUUCAAACAGGAAAUGGAGCUCUCACUUGUAGGACUCCAGAAUGCUGGGAAAACAUCUCUUGUCAAUUCUAUUGCUACAGGGGGUUACAGUGAGGAUAUGAUUCCAACUGUUGGGUUUAACAUGCGGAAAGUUACAAAGGGCAAUGUAACAAUUAAACUUUGGGACCUUGGAGGGCAGAGGAGAUUCCGUACAAUGUGGGAGAGAUAUUGCCGUGGCGUGACUGCAAUUGUGUAUGUAGUUGAUUCUGCUGAUAGAGACAGUGUUCCCAUAUCAAAAAGUGAGCUCCAUGAGCUCUUAACAAAACCUUCUUUAAGUGGAAUUCCUUUGCUUGUGCUGGGCAACAAAAUUGACAAAUCAGAAGCACUUUCCAAGCAGUCACUGGUCGAUUUGUUAGAACUUGAAACGAUUCGUGACAGAGAGGUGUGCUGCUACAUGAUCUCUUGCAAAGAUUCAAUAAACAUUGAUGUGGUGAUCGAUUGGCUUAUCAAACACUCGAAAACAGCAGGAUGAUUGGUUUUAUUCCUUGUUUUUUUCUCUAGCUAAAGUGUGAUGAAGGUUCAAAGCUAGCUGUAAUAUGUAGAGGGUUUGAAGUUUAUAAAGUUUAGCUAUUCAUGUUUGUUUGUUUAAAAAUAUAUUGUAAUUCAAACAUGUUCUUCUUCCUUUAUAAAGAACAAAAAAAGAAGGAAAAAAACGAAUUUGUGCUGUAAUUCUUUUGUCAUUAUGGUUUGUCUCUAAACUAAAGUUUUCUAUCAUAUCAAAAUCAUCGAACACUUGGUUAUUUCCCAUGGUUGGAAA